AAGGGUGGUAGUGAUGGUGGUAGAGGGUGGUAGUGAUGGUGGUAGAGGGUGGUAGUGAUGGUGGUAGAGGGUGGUAGUGUUAAUGGUAGAGAGUGGUAGUGAUGGUGGUAGAGAUAAUCUCUCCUCCCUCUCCCCUCCUUGCUGUCUUCCAUAUGCCAAUAAAGCAUAUAACUCUGUUAGGACACUUAGGAUGUCAAAGGAAAAGAAAAGUCAUCUCUCCCUCAAGACUGUAGCCAUUAAUCUGGCUGCAGGAGGAUCUGCAGGCUUUACCGAAAUAUGCAUCAUGCAUCCUCUGGAUGUGGUUAAAACCAGGUUCCAAAUUCAGACUACGGGUGUUCCAGGUGACCCAAACUACUACACCUCAGUGUUUGACUGCAUGCGCAAGAUGGCUAAGAGUGAAGGUCUAUUAUCUCUCUAUAAAGGUGUCUUGCCACCUGUGUUGGUUGAGACACCAAAGAGAGCUGUUAAGUUCCUUACAUUUGAAAUCUACAAACAACUGUGUGGAACUCCAACACCAGCGACAUUUUUUUUAGCUGGAUUGGGAUCAGGAACAACUGAAGCAAUUCUUGUCAAUCCUUUUGAAGUUGUUAAAGUAGCACAACAAGCAAAUAGGGCACAGCACAAAGUUUCACCCAGCACUUGGGCAGUAGCACGAGAGAUUGUCAAGACUCAAGGAUUAGGAUUUAAAGGCCUUAAUAAAGGAGUUACUGCAACCAUUGGUAGAAAUGGCCUCUUCAAUAUGAUGUAUUUUGGUGUAUUUCAUACAGUGAACUCUAGAAUAACUCAGCCUAAGGAGAAAUGGCAACAAAAUCUUCAGAAAUUCUUCAUUGGCUUAGUGGCUGGUGUGCUUGGAUGUUUCAUCAAUAUUCCUUUUGACGUGGCCAAAAGUCGCAUUCAAGGGCCACAACCAGUUCCUGGAGAGAUCAAGUACAAGACUACAUUUGGCUCCAUUUUACUUGUUUACAGAGAAGAAGGAUUUUGUGCUUUAUACAAAGGUAUGGUGCCCAAGGUGUUGAGGUUAGGACCUGGUGCUGGAAUCAUGAUGAUUGUAUAUGAAAAUGUCCACAAUUAUCUUUCCAAGAAAUUCCCUGAUGAUUAGAAAUGCUCUAUUGCAAAUAUUAUUAAAGUGAGAAGUGUGCAGUGCCUGUACUCUAAAGGAUAGGUGCAGAUGUUGAUCUUUGGAAAGUAAUUUGGGGGAUACGAUGUUCAUGCUCUUUAGUAAGGCAACAGUUGUGCAAGCUGUGGUGAACUUGUUUAUUUCUUGGGUCAUUAUACUAAGUGGUGAGGGUGAUGGCCCCAGACUCAGUUAGAUUUUGGUGAGAAAUGACCAGUGUGGCAGUAGAAAAAUCUUAAAAUGCCUCUUGACAAAUUAGCAAAACUACACUAGUGCUUGUCACUGUUUUGUCAUGCACUAAUACUCCAUAUAUUUCAUGGAAAUCUGAAAUUUCAUAAAAUUCCCAAGCAAUAAAUGAAUGCUUGUCUGCUCAAUAUUAGAUAGGCAAGUGAAGUUUAGUAUUUAAUCCAUGUCUUCAAGCAAACUAACUACUAUAUUUACAGUUGUUCAUGGGGUUUGCAUGGGUUGGGUCAUUUGCAAAAGAAAAUUGUUUUGUGUACUCUAUUUAAAGAGUAAAUGUAACAUAGCCACCUACUUAGUUUCUACUUUGUGGUAGGUAAAAGAAAUUAUUAAAAUAUGGCACAAGUUUACAAACUUUAUUAUAUCAGAAAUGUAUGUAUUCUAAAUAUAAUUAUAAUAACACGCGGUGUAACAGGUUUAUCUUGCUGCUUUUACUUUGCACUUAGGUUACACUACACAUGCAUGUAUGUACACACAUCUAUAUUUAGACACCCAUCUAGGUUUUCUAUUUUCUUAGUAGGUCUUGUUCUUCUUUAUUUCUUCUUAUCUCCAUGGGGAAGUGGAAACCAAUUCUUCCUCUGUAAACUGUGCAUGUUGUAAGAGGAAACUAAAAUGCCAGGAACAAGAGGCUAGUAACCCUUGUAUAUAUUACUAAAUUUAAAAAGAAAAACUUUCCUCAGGUCACCUUGCCUUUGUGGGAUAUGGCUGGAUUAUUGAAAAACAAAAUUACAAUACUAGUUCUCCUUUGCACUUCAGCUUUCCUGGAGAGAUGGCUUGUAUAGAUUCUUUCUCAAUGGUUUAUGACAUUUAGAUGCUAAAGAUGGUUGAUGAAAUCCCUGUAUCAUUUGCUGAAUACAGUAUUUCUGAAUGCUGGUUCUGAUACAGCAUAACAAAAGGCAUUGCAGUUGGUAACACCAAGAAACAGGAGUAAGCAUAUACAAAUGAGACAAGAGAAAGAAUGAAAGAAUAAAAAAAACAGAAGAGCAUAAGUACAGUAUCUUAAAUGAAGAGUCAGAAAAGCAGAAUGAUUCAUUAAAUGUCUUAUAUGAGGCUGGAGUUUUUUUUUUUUUUAUCAUAAAUCAUUGUCACAUAUCAAUUGUAACCAUCAAAACAAUCACUAAUUAGCAAAAGCACUCACUUCUGAUUUGGUCAACUACCUCAUGUUUUAAAUACUGUAUAUCUAAAUAAUCAGGUACAGGUUCCUUACCCCCCCCCCCCCCCUCUCACUUUAUGCAAAUUUACUAUUAUAUUAGUAUACCUUCCACAUGCAAUCAUUGUGGUUUGCAAAAUAUAUUGAAAAUUCCUAUUAUCUGAUUGAGCUUGGUAGAGCUAUCAUGGGAUUGGAAUGCAGCCACUGCAUAAAGCUAAGGGCACCUGUACUUACAAAAUAUAUUUUUAUAACUACCAGUACAAGAAUAAUGAUGUAUAGAAUAAUGAUUAUUCUAUACAUCUUCAGCACCUAAAUGGAACCACAGCAUAAUAUUGUAAAGAGAAACAGUUCACACACAAGCUUUUUGACUGGUAAUGAGCAAAAUGUCCUACACGUGUAAUACUUGAUAAAUGACAACCGUUGACAGCAUAAUAAUUUUAUCUUCAGAAAAAGAUUCAAUACCAUUUCUUAAGAUAAUGAUACAAAAAUGUGAAAUUUGAUGGAAAACUUACAGGAUUACACAGAUGCAAAGUUGGUAGUCUAGGCACAGUUUACACGUCAGCAAUUUCAUCCACUUGAGUCCAAUUUUAAGCCAGUUCUAAUUCUCAUUUUGACCUAAUUUCUAUCUGUUUUGCUAGUAUGCCUUCUGUUCUGUCAAAUGAGCACAAGAAACCAUCCAUUCGACUAUCAGAACUACCCUAUAAUGUUCACAGGUGGUAAUGUGGCCAAAUUUAAACAAAAUUUAAAUUUAUAAAAGCCCAAGAUAAGCACUGUAGACACUCCACCCAGUAAAGCAACCUUUCCUCUGUUCAUUAAUUACAUUCCCAGGACUCUCCUUUAUAACACUUGCCCUUUUUUAAAUCCAUGAUCACCGGAAAAAUCCCUAUUUCUUAGAUAAUAAAAUAUACCCAAGAAUGAUUGAUCAUGGUUAAGGCCAUCCCAGUAAUAACAACAGACCAGUAAAACCAUACAAAACAGACCUGGGGGCUAGGGAGUUGCUACCCUGGCACUUUGAGCCGUAUGUCAAGUUAUACAAAUGAGGUCAGAGGUUUGCAUUUUUCUCUCAUGCACUGCUGUUAAUUUUAUAGUUGUUUACUUUUUUGUUUAGCAACCUCACAGGUCUUGAAUACCAUGUGUACUGAUAACUUGCCACCACCUUUAGUAGCUCUUCAGUUGUUGUUAUUGUCAGGGGGGAAAUAAUCACCUCACAUGGGAUUUAAUAAUAUGUAAUCAGCUCAGCAGUUCAAGUUAUGUUUUAAUUUAAGUGUUUUGCAGCAAGUAUAGUAAUUGACACAUUUAUAUUGGUAAUAAGAUUUGAAAGUAAUUAAUAACAUUCAGCAGAAUUCAUUUGCGUACUGUAUCCAAUUAUUUCUUAAUACAAUAGCAAUAAUAAUAAUUUAAAAAAAAUAAGAAUCUCCAAAAUUAUUUCAUGAUUUGCUCAAGAAUUACGUAUUCUAGUUUCUUCAUCACAGUGAGACAUUAAAUGUGGAAAACACAAACAAAUUUGAAAAAUUACAAGAAAAAAGUGAAAGCAGAACCUAAAAAACAGAAGAUAGUAGCAGAGAUAGUAAGAUUAUUAUUGCUUAAGGAAACUGUACAAUGAUCUUUCACAUUCCAUGUGGCACCCAGUGUUACUCUGCAGACUUAUCAUUUUGUACUGACCAUUCAGUGUCUCUUGAUAAGUUUGUUUAUUCAUCAGAAAGGAUGCCAACCUUAUUUCAGACACCUCAAACCCCUUUCUGCUGAUACCCCUCCCUCAACACCACCUCUCCUUAACCAUCUCUGCCAUGUAGUACUGAAUGACUCAAAAUGUGUGUGACUGGUAUUGAGGUUUCUUCCCUGGCAUUCUGGCUGCUGUGAAUAUAAUAAUGCUUGACAUUCCACCAUUUGCAGAUUGUCAUAAGAGGAAAUAAAAAUCGUAAAAUAUUACUUAUUGCAUGGCUAAAACAUUUUCCACCCAUUAAUAAAAAAUAAAGUAAGGUUGAUAUAAAUACAGUGUAGCACUGAAGGGAUGAUGACAUGUUUGAAUUUUUAAAAAACUUGGAAAAUUAUUUUUUCAUUGCAUUAUAAAGGAUUAAUGAAUUUUUAUUAAUAAGAAAGAUUUUCCUUUUUAAGGUACCUAAAACAUACUAAUGUAACUGGUGUGAAUGGUAGUAUAUAAUAAUUCACCCUAAAUAACUGAAUAUUCAGUGAUGAAUUAUAAACUUUGGAUCAAACAAUUAGACUCCAUUUUAUACACGUGCAGACAGAGGGCUGAUAUUUAUAUAAAGAACAGAUAGGGCCAUAUUAUCGAGAUUUGCCUGACAAACAAUAUUUUUAAAUUAAAAAUAUUGUUCAUUUGGCAUACUACAUUAAAAACUUAGUUUGUUCUAUUUGACUAGAUAUGGUUGAAUUACUAAAAAUAUGCCUUUUAUUAUUUUUUAUGCACCUUACAACCAAUAAUAGUUUAUUUCAGUUCCUAGUACAUGAAUGGUACAAUAAAUUGAAAGUACAUGUAUAUAGUAUGCAUAGCCUUUCAGGAAAACUUUAGCAGGAUCAUCACAUCAUAAAGAUACUUGGUCUAAACAACCCCCAAUUUAUGUUAGUAAAUUAUAUAAAUCCUAGGUAGUAGAUUGGUAGACAGCGACCUCCCAGGAGGGUACUACCAUCCUCCCAAAUGAGUGUAAAAUGGAAACCUGUAAUUGUUUUACAUGGUGGAUUGCUGGUGUUCUUUUUUUUUCUGUCUCAUAAACAUGCAAGAUUUUAGGUACAUCUUGCUACUUCUAUUUAGGUCACACUACACAUACACGUACAGGCAUAUAUAUAUACACACACCCCUCUGGGUUUUUUCUAUUUUCUUUCUAGUACUUGUUUAUUUCCUCUUAUCUCCAUGGGGAAGUGGAACAGAAUUCUUCCUCUGUAAGCCAUGCGUGUUGUAAGAGGCGCCUAAAAUGUCAGGAGCAAGGGGCUAGUAACCCCUUCUCCUGUAUAAAUUACUAAAUUUAAAAAGAGAAACUUUCGUUUUUCUUUUUUGGGCCACCCUGCCUCGGUGGGAUACAGCCGUUUUGUUGAAAGAAGAAAGAUAUAUAUAUACACACCCCUCUGAAUUUUCUUCUAUUUUCUUGUUGUUCUUGUUUAUUUCCUCUUAUCUCCAUGGGGAAGUGGAACAGAAUUCUUCCUCCAUAAGUCAUGCGUGUCAUAAGAGGUGAUUAAAAUGCCAGGAGCAAGGGGCUAGUAACCUCUUCUCCUGUAUACAUUACUAAAGUUGCAAUAAGAUCACAGUAAACAGGUGAUAUCAGAAUAUGCAAAACAACCUGUGAAAGAAUAGCAAAAUUCCAAGUGCUUUCAUGACUUCUCACAUUAUCAAGGAACUAUACUUCCCUGAUAAUGUGAAAAGUCACAAAAGGACUUGGAAUUUCACCAUUCUUUCAGUGGUUGUUUUGCAUUACUAAAGUUAAAAAGAGAAACUAUUGUUUUUUAAUUUUGGGUCACCCUGCUUCAGUGGGAUAUGGCCAGUUUGAAGAAAGAAGAUAAAUUAUAUAAAUAUAAAUACUGUAUUAUACUGAAUCUUGAUGUCAUUUAUACAUACAGACUACUACUACUAAUAUAAUAUAAGCACUAAACUCAUAAGAGUCUUUCAGCACAUAUGGACUGCUAAGAAUGUUAACACAGUACUAAUAAUUGUUUUACACGAUGGUAGGAUUGCUGGUAUCUUCACUGUCUCAUAAACAUGCAAGAUAACACAAUACAUCUUGCUACUUCUACUUACUUUUAGGUUACACUACAAAUGCAUGCACACGUAAAUGAAUAUACCCCCAUCUGAGUUUUCUUCUAUUUUCCUUAAUAGUUCUUAUAUAUUUUCCUUUCAUCUCUAUGAAGAAAUGGAAAAGAAUCUAACCUCUGUAGGCAGCGCAUGUCGUAAACAGCAACUAAAGUGCUAGGAGAAAUGGGCUAGUAACCCUUUCUCCUGUAUAAAUUACUAAAAAUAAGAAUAAAUGGCCAGUGUGUUAAAAAAAAUUUAUACAGUAUCAUCCUAAGUACCAAAACUCAUAAACAUACUAAGAAUAAUACACAAAUUACCAACCUUUCACAACCUGCUAAAUACUGAAAUACAGUGCAUACCAUCUCAUUGUUACAGCUCUCAUAUUUUAUCCUACUCUACAUAUAAUAUUCAUAAUAGAUUUUGGGACUUUGUUUAUCUUUUGUUAAUAUAAAGUUGUAUAUACGUAUAUAUAAAAAUAGUAAUUAUAUAUAUAAUUGUUAUAAUUUUUAAGUUUACUCUGUUAUGCACAUCUGUAAAUGUAUUUUAAAUAAAUCUUUCAUAACACA